AUGAAAAUAUCAUGAUUUCUCAUUUUUUAUAUAUUGCCUCUUGCUUUGUCUCAAAUAUCUUGUCCUAACUAUUUAUGCAGCCCAACAAAAUUAGACUCAAAUACAUGCAUACUCUAUGAAUCAAACACAUUUCUUCUCCAGCCCUGCAAAGAUAACUAUGUAUGCCCUCCACUAACUUCUGCAGACUCAUCUCAGUGCCAGCCAAAGCCAAGUCCAUCCUUACUUCCCUCUAUCCUUGAUCGAAAGGUAUCAUUAAAAAUUUCCUAAAUUCUGGAAAAUUAAACCCAUAGUUAAUUUAAUGUUUUUCAAAUUGUCAUGCAUUAGCUCUAAAUUAAAUCUAACUAACUAUCUUUGAUAGUAAUUAAUAUUAAAGAUUUAUUGCAUAGUCGCUUUUAUGAAUUUCAUAUAUUUGAAUACUUCACUAUAUAAAAUAUUAAAAAAUUUUAGUAAGAAUUUUUUUUUCAAAUUUUUUAAAGCUCUUCUCUUCAUAGAUCUAUGAAGAUUGGCUUGAUAAAAGGCAAAGAAGUUGGAAAAAUCAUGGCCAGGAGAAUCAUGCCAAAAUAACUCAACCUGUGCUUAUGGCCACUGUGAAAAAUCAAUCUGUAAAGGAAAAUCUCUCAAUGAAACCUGCUCUAUAAGUGAUGAAUGUGAGCCUAAACUAAGAUGCCUUAAUGGCAUCUGCCAAGAAUUAUUAUCAGAGUCCUCCAAAGGCUGCAAUACAGAUUAUGACUGUGAAAAUCAUUGUGGCUGUGAAAAUCACCAAUGUGUAAGAUAUUUAAGCAAAUAUGAAGGUGAUUCAGUAGCAAAUUGCAUAAAUAAUAGCAGCAUGAUAUGUGGUAGCACAAUGUGCUAUGAAGAAUACUGUUUAGCAUUCCUUCAAAAUGAUAAAGAAAUCCCAACAGUUUGCAAAUCAGAUGAAGAUUGUGCGUCAAGCCAUUAUGAUACUCCAGCAUAUCCCUUUAAGUUUUACCAGACUUGCCAAUGUGGAAUAAAUAGCUUGGGAAACGCUUAUUGUAGCUUAUUCCCUGGAGAUGAACCAAUGAAUAAUUAUUUAGAUUGGCUUAAUUACUGGUUUUAUUCGAGGUCUAUACAGAAGUGCAACACUGUUAGAAGAACUUCACUUAAUUGCAUUAAAACGUGAUGGAAGGCGAAAUAUUAUACCACAUUUGCUUAUAUUCUUUCUAUUACUAUGAAUUACCCUCAAAUUCAAGAAAACGAUAAUUGCGUGGAAAAAAUUUACAACCAAGCUUAUAUUUCUGCUCGAAAUAGCUACGAAAAGACAAACAAUCACUAUAAACUAUCAAUCCCAGCUUUAAUUUUAACUGCAUUUUUAUUAUAA